AUGUUCUUCACCGAGAGCGUCUACUCAAAGGGGAAGAGCCUGGGGCACGCCAAGCUGGGCAAUGUAAAGCUCCAGUACCCAAUCAAGCCCACCCGAUCGCUGGAGCUUGCGACGCACGACCCCGGCAACUACAAGGGCACGGCCGCCGCGGUGGGCCUCCUGACCAGGAAGGGCGCGUGGUGGUGCUUCACCGCCCUCAACAAGCCCUUGCAGGGCCGCACAAUCAAGGAGAUCGACUACUUCACGGACUUCAAAUCGCUCGUCCAGGAGCCCAGCGCCCCCGCAAAGAUGUGGAACUUGAAGGUUUGGGUGCCUGAGGCCCGCAACGUGGCCGCCUCCGACAAGGCCGGGGCCUUCGGCAAGAACGUGACCAGCGACUGCUUCGUGGCGAUCAAUUGCAAGGACCGGAAGUACGUCUCCCCGGUGGUGGAAAAGACGCUGAGCCCGAAGUGGCCCGCGAAGAAGCUGGACCUGGGGGAGGCGAUUGAGUCGGACCACACGCUCGUGGAAAUCAAGGUCUUCGACCAGGAUCCGUCCAAUGAUGACGACUUCCUGGGAGCCGCGUACCUGGCCAUGGGGGGAAUGGCGAAGGCCGGUGUCGGGGCCCACGAGCUGGUGGCUGACUUGGGCGAUUCUCUGGACGUGAAGGAGAAGGUGAAGCGGGGCGUCCAGUUGACUGGCGUGGUGGUAGUGAAGUGGGAGGUGGCGUCAUCUGAGGAGGAGUGA